UCCUCUUUGGGCUGUUCCUGUCCAUGUACCUGGUCACGGUGCUGGGGAACCUGCUCAUCAUCCUGGCCGUCAGCUCUGACUCCCACCUCCACACCCCCAUGUACUUCUUCCUCUCCAACCUGUCCUUGGCUGACAUCGGUUUUGCCUCUACUACUGUCCCCAAGAUGAUUGUGGACAUCCAGGCUCACAGUAGACUCAUCUCUUACGUAGGCUGCCUGACUCAGAUGUCUUUUUUGAUCCUUUUCGCAUGUAUGGAAAGUCUGCUCCUGAUUGUGAUGGCCUAUGACCGGUUCGUGACCAUCUGUCACCCCCUGCACUACCAAGUCAUCAUGAGCCCACGACUCUGUGGCUUCUUAGUUUUGGUGUCUUUUUUUCUUAGCCUUUUGGACUCUCAGCUGCACAAUUUGAUUGUGUUACAACUUACCUGCUUCAACGAUGUAGAAAUCUCUAAUUUUUUCUGUGACCCUUCUUAACUUCUCAACCUGGCCUGUUCUGACACCUCCAUUAAUAACAUGGUUGUAUAUUUUAUUGGUGCCAUAUUUGGUUUUCUCCCUCUCUUAGGGAUCCUUUUCUCUUACUAUAAAAUUGUUUCCUCCAUUCUGAGAGUUCUCUCUUCAGGUGGGAAGUAUAAAGCCUUCUCCACCUGCAGCUCUCACCUGUCAGUUGUUUGCUUAUUUUAUGGAACAGCCCUUGGAGGGUACCUCAGUUCAGCUGUGUCCCUUUCCUCCAGGAAGGGUGCAGUGGCCUCAGUGAUGUACAUGGUGGUCACCCCCAUGCUGAACCCCUUCAUCUACAGCCUGAGAAACAGGGACAUUCAAAGUGCCCUGCAGAGGCUGCAUGGCAGAAUAAUGUAA